CAGAAGGAUACGGGGAACACUGAAAUACAGGGAAUAUCAGGAUACUGACACUUCAACACGAUGCUGCUGAUUCCAUGUUACAAACAGAACUUUUACAGAAGUCACAGCUAAAAGGGAAAGUAAGUUUGAAGAAGCUUCUUGAGCGGACGCCUCAUUGUUUUCAUUGUUGUUACUCCGGGACAAAAUGUCAUCUCAGUCGGAAAAUGAUCUCUCCUGUCCCGUCUGCCACGACAUCUAUAGAGAUCCUGUCCUCCUGUCAUGCAGCCACAGCUUCUGUCGAUUCUGUCUGCAGACGUGGUGGAGCAAGAAUCUAGAACACAACUGCCCACUUUGUAAGAAGAUAAACCUGUCAAAUGAUCCACCCCGUAACUUGGCGUUAAAGAACCUGUGUGAGGCUUUCUUACUGCAGAGAGAUAAAAAAGCUUCUGCAGUGUCUGAGCCUCUCUGCAGUCUGCACCAUGAGAAACUCAGACUUUUUUGUUUGGAUCAUCAGCAGCUGGUGUGUGUCGUCUGUCGAGAUUCAAAAGCACACAAAGACCACAGAUUCAACCCAAUUGAAGAAGCCGCCCAGGAUCACAGAGAGGAGCUUCAGAAACACCUGAAGCCCUUACAAGACAAACUGAAGGUGUUUGAACAAGUCAAAGGAAACUUUGAUCAAACAGCAGAACAUAUAAAGGUCCAGGCACAGCAGACGGAGAAGCAGAUAAAGGAGGAGUUUAAAAAGCUUCAGCAGUUUCUCCAAAAUGAAGAGAAGGCCAGGCUGGCUGCUCUGAGGCAGGAAGAAGAGCAGAAGUUAAGAAAAAUGGAGGAGAAGAUUAAGUCUCUGAUAAUAAAAAUUAGCUUGAAUGUGGAGGACUUGUCUGUGGAUCUGAAUGACAGAGCUGUCAAAGCAAACCUCCUAACAAAGCUGCAGGACAAACUGGAGGAAAAAGGAGUGAAUGGAGUCAAUCUGAAGUGGAGAAAGCUGCCUGAUGGAGCAGUCUUCCAUAAAGAGGAGAAAAAUACUAAAAAGGAAGAAAAGAAGAAAACUGAGCUUCCACAGAGCAGCAAGAUGAUUGUGAAGAUCCUGCUGGGUGUCUUGUAUCUCUCAGGGUGGCUCGUCCUCUCCAAAUGCCGUCUGUACCACUUUGUUAAUGAGUCUUUUACUUGGUAUGAGGCUCAGAGCUACUGCAGAAAGAACUACGUAGGCCUGGCCUGCAUUGAAAACAAUUUGCAGAGAUCAGGAAAAUGGAGGUUCAUUGAGUAUUUCACAAAAAUCCCAUUUGUCUGCUUUGACAACCUGCCAGCUCCUGGAAAGGAAAAUGUUCAGAAAAAAGGAACCCUUGGCCUGGUGACGGGGUCUUGUCUAAGAAAGGGACAAACACAGACUGGAUUCUGGGAAAUAUAUUUGUUUGAAGGAACUAACGCAGCAGCCUCUUCAUCACUUCCAUGUAAAUUUGCUUCAGUGAAGAAGGUCCAGAGGGUGGGAGGUUAGCUGGACUGUAACAGAGAGAUGCUCUCAUUCUUUGACGUGAACAUUAACACACACCUACAUGCCUUCAAGCUCAGUUUCACAGAGAAGUUGUUUCCACACUGUUGUGAUUGAAAAUGUUUGAUUUAUUUUACUAAAUUAGGUGGUUAUAAUCAUUUUCAUACAUUUACUGCAAAUGUGCUCAUAAUGAGUUGGUGCUCAGUCUUCUGAAGGUCAUAAGCUUUGUUCGACUUUACUGUCCGGACUGAUAUAUUGUAGGAAAUGACUUAGAGUGCAGAGGGGUAAUUGCAAACACGCUUACACACAUAGAUUAUGAUUAGAAUAAGUCUUUGGGUCAGAGAGUUCUGAAUAUGAUUUUCUAAACCAACUUUGAAUCACUAGAAGAACAAUGGAUAAUAGCAUUAGAUUAUCAAGGCUAUAGGCAGAGAGGUGUUUCGCUUUUCUGUCUCUUACAGAGGAGGGAGCAGAUACCAGACGAGGUCAUGGAGAUAUGAGGAUGCUUCGGAGCAGACACCAAGACUGCGUCCAUGCAGGAGGAAGUUAGCUGUUAUAAUCGAUGUUUUUGUCUCACUAUAUAAUGUUGUACAGCCCGUUUGAUGGUCAUCCUUUUUGUCAAACAUGCUGUUGGUU